CGUGCUGAUUCAUCGCUGCUUUACACUGCGAGUCUCAGCGCGCGCGAGGCUGUCGCCGUUGAAACCGUUGAAGCCGAGACACGGCGAAGGAGGUUUAGGAGGGGAUUCCCUUCGCUCAACACGGGUGGGAGGCGGCGAGACGCGGAGUGACAGCUAGAGGGGCUUUUUUUUUAUCGUCGAGAAACGUGCGACUCGGGCUAGGUGAGCAGUGUGUUUAGCUCAUGCCCUCAGCUUGCUCGCACGGCUGUUUCUGCUGCUGCUGUUUCCUCAUCGAGCGCGAGCCGAAGCUCAUCAUUCAGACACACACGGCGCCAUCAGCAGACAGUCUUACUGGGCAGUUGAGAGCGGCUCUCGUGGCAUGACUACUACAAACAAGGGAAACAAAGCGCUGAAGGUGAAGCGGGAGCCAGGAGAGAAUGGCACGAGCCUUACGGACGAUGAGCUGGUGUCCAUGUCGGUGCGGGAGUUGAACCAGCACCUGCGCGGCCUCUCCAAGGAGGAGAUCCUGCAGCUGAAGCAGCGACGGCGCACGCUCAAGAACCGCGGCUACGCUGCCAGCUGCCGGGUGAAGCGUGUGACGCAGAAGGAGGAGCUGGAGAAGCAGAAGGCAGAGCUGCAGCAGGAAGUGGAGAAAUUGGCCUCCGAGAAUGCCAGCAUGAAGGUGGAGCUGGACGUGCUGCGCUCAAAGUACGAGGCCCUACAGAGCUUUGCCAGGACUGUGGCCCGCAGCCCAGUGACCCCCACCAGGGGCCCCAUCACCUCCGUCAUCGGGCCCCUCAUACCGGGCAAAGUGGCCGCCACCAGCGUCAUUACCAUCGUCAAGUCCAAAACAGAGGCGCGAUCAUAAUGCACAGCUGAGGGGAAUGACCUUAAACUCUUUGGUCAGUGCAUCAAUAUCAAGCACAGGUCUAUGGCUUCUGCUUUUGGCUGAAAUGAAAAAAUAACAAGCACUUGAAUAUGCUCUGUCCAGCAGUGCGCUCCUUAAGGGGGCAAUUAUGGUGAGUUUCAGUGAGCUGAUCUCAAUCACUGUCUGCUCUCUGCUCUCUCAUUGCAACCUUGUCCUACGCUUCUGUUCAAAAGUUCGGAAUCAAUGUCUUCAAUAAUGGAAAACCACAUUUUGCUGCAGGUACAUGUGUAACAUGAUUUUGAUAUGCUAUUCCUGUGCGACCUCACAGGUUUCAAAUCAUUAGUAGGGAGGUAGGAAGCUGCAAAUAAUGAAGAAAUCUUGUGUUGUCAUAGGUGAAAACAGGGCUGUCAAAUUGGGUUUCCUCUGGGUCACAGCUCUGCAGAGAAAAGUGUUAUCCUUUAUCUAAUACUCUUCAUUGCUAAUUAUUUUAUGAGUUGAAUCAGGUGUGUCUAAAGAUGGCAGAACACUAUUGUUGCAUUCAACUAAAGACUGUAACUCGGACUAGGAAAAUAUCAAAGAAAACACCCCCUCAACUGGGAAUUCCUCCUUGGAAAUUUGAGUUCAGAGUAAACGUAUUAGAGUAGUCAUAUUAAGAUGGAUACUUCAUCUUCCACUUUGUUGUUUUGUGAAGGUAUAUACAUUCAGAACACUCACAUCACUAAUGUUAGCUUGCUAACUUGUUGCUAACAAUACUUGCUUUCAUCGAGGUGUUCAGGUUCGUAAAUGAUUUGAUUCCUGAUCUCUGACUUCCCACUUCUGAGUUAGAUUGAACACCGCAUGUGGCUCAGAAGGAACCUAGUUUGACCCUCAUGUUCUAAAAUGACCAAGGACUCCAACAAACUGUGUAUAGCAUCUAGGAUGAAGUUAUAAUAAAAUACAGGAAUGCUUAAUAUUUUCUAAGUAAUGGUCAAAUCUCAAGGCGGAUAACUUGACCAUAAACCACUAAUUACAGUAUUCUAAUUAUUACUUAAUAAUUUCUUCCUGUUCUUCAAAUACUUGCAGUAUUGAAGGGAACAUGUGAAAAUACCUUUCGGUGUCUAGUUUAUAACAUUUAAGCUGUAGAAUUUACUAUUGUAUAUAAAAUAAAAAGACAAAUAUAUUAGUUUAAGUUAUUCCAAUCUUUUGAACAGUAGUCUUUUGUUCAGUGUUUCUCAUGUCUCUGCACUGCCUGCCUGAUUUAACUCAACAAAUUUUGUGCUAAUUGCCAAAUUUUCAGUUAUCUGAAUCAGGUGUGAUAGAGCAGGAAUACACAACUCUGCACAGGGCAAUUCCCCAGAACUGGAGUUGAGGAACACUGCAGUCCUCUGCAAUUAACACUAAAUUGUCAUUGUCACAACCCACUGAUCUUCAUAGCACUGCUGAUCCCCUGACACAACAGGGGAAAUAUGAGAUUAAUAUUGUUUUCAUUUUUCAGAUUCCUGUGCUUGAUGUCAUCCACUGACCAGUUUACAAAUGGGCAAAGCUAGGAGCGCCAUCACGAUUUCACAAGUGAUGAUGAAAACUGUUCGAUCUAAAGGUUCACCAAAUCUUCAUUUUUAAACAACCUUAGGCUUGCCUUGAAACAAGCCAGUGCUUUUCACAGACUGCAGUUGCUGAGUCAAACUUCUGCGCUCUGACAUUAGCAUUCUUAGCCAGAUGACUGAGGUAAUUUAAGCUAACACUAUUUUAUUUAUUCUGCACUGAAAUGAGAAAUUGCCUCUUUGGACUAGGCAAUGAAGUGGAGAUUCAGAAGUAUUUUAAAUUAAAACAUUUAUACAGCUGCAAUCGCCUUAAUUUGAACUUGAAGUUGUAAAAAUUACAAUUGUGAAACUGUCUCAUCCAUUAAAAAAUAACUAUA